AUGAGUUACCUGCCUAGCUACAAGACCAGGGAGGGAAGAGGGAGUGUAACUCACCCUGACGGUGGAGGUGGUGGUAGAGAACAGAGCUACAAGACCAGGGAGGGAAGAGGGAGUGUAACUCACCCUGAUGGUGGAGAUGCUAAUAGAGAACAGAGCUACAAGACCAGGGAGGGAAGAGGGAGUGUAACUCACCCUGACGGUGGAGGUGGUGGUAGAGAACAGAGCUACAAGACCAGGGAGGGAAGAGGGAGUGUAACUCACCCUGAUGGUGGAGAUGCUAAUAGAGAACAGAGCUACAAGACCAGGGAGGGAAGGGGGAGUGUAACUCACCCUGACGGUGGAGGUGGUGGUAGAGAACAGAGCUACAAGACCAGGGAGGGAAGAGGGAGUGUAACUCACCCUGACGGUGGAGGUGGUGGUAGAGAACAGAGCUACAAGACCAGGGAGGGAAGAGGGAGUGUAACUCACCCUGAUGGUGGAGAUGCUAAUAGAGAACAGAGCUACAAGACCAGGGAGGGAAGAGGGAGUGUAACUCACCCUGACGGUGGAAGUGGUGGUAGAGAACAGAGCUACAAGACCAGGGAGGGAAGAGGGAGUGUAACUCACCCUGACGGUGGAGGUGGUGGUAGAGAACAGAGCUACAAGACCAGGGAGGGAAGAAGGAGUGUAACUCACCCUGACGGUGGAGGUGGUGGUAGAGAACAGAGCUACAAGACCAGGGAGGGAAGAGGGAGUGUAACUCACCCUGACGGUGGAGGUGGUGGUAGAGAACAGAGCUACAAGACCAGGGAGGGAAGAGGGAGUGUAACUCACCCUGAUGGUGGAGGUGGUGGUAGAGAACAGAGCUACAAGACCAGGGAGGGAAGAGGGAGUGUAACUCACCCUGAUGGUGGAGGUGGUGGUAGAGAACAGAGCUACAAGACCAGGGAGGGAAGAGGGAGUGUAACUCACCCUGAUGGUGGAGAUGCUAAUAGAGAACAGAGCUACAAGACCAGGGAGGGAAGAGGGAGUGUAACUCACCCUGACGGUGGAGGUGGUGGUAGAGAACAGAGCUACAAGACCAGGGAGGGAAGAGGGAGUGUAACUCACCCUGACGGUGGAGGUGGUGGUAGAGAACAGAGCUACAAGACCAGGGAGGGAAGAGGGAGUGUAACUCACCCUGACGGUGGAGGUGGUGGUAGAGAACAGAGCUACAAGACCAGGGAGGGAAGAGGGAGUGUAACUCACCCUGACGGUGGAGGUGGUGGUAGAGAACAGAGCUACAAGACCAGGGAGGGAAGAGGGAGUGUAACUCACCCUGACGGUGGAGGUGGUGGUAGAGAACAGAGCUACAAGACCAGGGAGGGAAGAGGGAGUGUAACUCACCCUGACGGUGGAGGUGGUGGACUAAUCACGGAUUAA